AUGGCUACAGCUUGUUCACCAUUUAUGUCUACAAAAGAGACUACCAACUAUGCAAGGCUAUGCCGCCUCUUGGUGGAUGUUGGAUCUCAGGUGCUCCGGUCCACUUUUGACAAAAUACAUCCACCAGCGACUCUACAUACAGUUUUGGGGAGUACCUCAGUGCAUUACGCCACAUUGCAAUCACUUUACAAAGGAAGGAAAAAAGUGCUAAAUCGCACGCAAUGGGGGAAGUUGUAUCCUGCUCACCGUCCCGUGUCAUCUGCAUCCUUCGACAUCACGCUCCUAACAGUACUGCUUAGAAAUAUCUGUGGUUUGAGCCCUCCUGUUAAUGGUUGGGAUCGUCUACCUCUAGCUACAAACAUAAGCAUCGCAGAUGAUAUCGCCAGAGUGAAGUACUACAGGAACACUGUAUACGGCCAUGUUCCUCUAACCGCUGUGGAUGACAGUAGUUUCAGUACUUACUGGCAGGAAAUAAGAGAAGCUUUGGUGAGACUGGGAGGAGCUCAUUUUAGAUCUGAAAUCGACAAUCUUGAGCACGACUGCAUGGAUCCGGUUAUCGAGGAGCAUUAUCGUGAACUGAUGAAAGAAUGGAAGAAAGAUGGCGACAGCAUCAAAGGGUCUCUUGAGGAAAUAAUAGGCGAAAUGACAAAGAUGGACAGCAAACUGAAAAAAAUGAAAGAAAAGCCGUGUACUUCGACAGCCCAAGUGGGAGAAAACAAGGAUGAAGGUCAGUUGAAAAUGUUGGCUACCUUUUUUAGCCGGAGCUCGCUAGAGCACUCCUGGAUAUUACAUCUAUGA